CAGAGCCGUCGCAGACAAUUUCCAAGCGGACGUCCGCAUAAAAGGGUAGCGAGCGAGGGACUGUUCCUCUGGGUGUACUUCAAAAUCUAACUGAGAGCGUCCGUCUCCAGAUCCGUGGUCGGUUGGCAGCGGGUCCGAAGCUUUCCCCUUUCUCCCUCUCCUCAGCACCAAAAAAAUCCCUAGCUCUUCUUAAAUCUCCCCGAAAAAUCCCUCUAAAAAAAAAACCUUUCAUUAAAUCCUCCUCCGUUCUCCUCGCGGACCGAGUCCUGUCGCCGCGGCGAUCGUCGGCGUCUUUCCCCCGAAGAAUUUGGCGGAGUACGCCGGCUGAUUUCAAUUACGAAUGGGGAUCUUGGGUUGCCUCGGAUCGGGUCUUAGGGUUUCUAGCUCUGAUAUUACCGUAGAUGGUUUCUCCGUGGUUUGCCCCCACCUUCUUUAGCUGAAUUGGGCCAGAUUUGUUGCAGAUCUACUGUAGGGAGCAGCUGGAUUGGGGUUUUGUUGCAGAUCUGGGUUUAGAUCUACCGCCAGAUCUUCAAGGCUGUGCUAUUGUUACUGAGACUACCGAGUUCAGAGAUUAACCUUUUGAGACGCUUCUGACAUCUGUGAGCUUGAGGUUUGACGGUUGAACUGUAACUAUCGCAAAAUUCUGGAAAUGGAGACUUUAGUUGUUGUUGCUGAGCACCGGAACCAGUACUAUAGCAGAAGCAAAUCCCGGGUGUCUAACCAUUUUGGUUCUUCUCCAUCAAGAGGGUUCAAGGGGAUCAAUUGCCGCACCUUUGAAACAGGUGUUGGUAUUCUCCCACCCCCUCAUGCAAUCAGUCCCUCAUCCAACUACAACAACUUCUACGAACCUCAGUCUCCCUGCUUCUACGCAGAACCGCCAAAAUCAAGUAAAAGAAGCAACCCAAUUGCCAUUUGUCCCAAAUACACUGACAGAGAACCCUGCUUUAACGAUGACAUAAGAAGCAACCCUAUUAGCCCCAAAUCCCUUACUAAAGGACCCAGCUUUAAUGAUGAUAUUGAGGAAUUCGCUUAUUCUGAGCUCUGGGCAGGUCCAGCGUACUCCAAUUCACCUCCUCCUAGUUCUUUACCUAUACCGAAAUUUUCUCUUCGACAGAAGAGGAGUGUCUCCUUAGAAUUGCCACUUCCAUCUUUGGGCAUUGAACUGCCACCUAUUGCCAAAUCUGCUCCAUCUACACCUUCAAGAGAGUCUUUCUCCUCUGCCACUGAGAAUCUGAGGAGAAUUCUUCAUUUGGAUAUUGCGGACAACUGAGAAAUUCGGGUUUGGUCGUUGUACAUAUACUCUUUGUAUAUAUGGCUACUUAAUUAUUAGAUGGGUCGAGUGCGUCGUUACAAGGUUAUUUAGAAGUUGGUUGUCAUCACAGUAGAUCUUUGAGGUAAGAAGAAGAUGAUCUUAGUCUAACUGGAAAGGAGGAAGAUCAGAACUUUCAAGCUUGGCAGGUGGUGAAAGAUACAUGAUGAUUUGCAUUAGUGCAAUACUGGCUGUAGCGUAGUUCAGUGUUAUAUGGUAAAAUGAUGGUGAUUAUCUUCGUCUUCUAUGAGUUUGACAUAUUAAAUGGAGUAUGGACGUAGGAGGUGUUGCUUAAGAAGUACAAUGGUUGGAGAUUAGUUGUGGCGAGCGCUUGACUGCAUUCUUCUUCUAGUGUCGUCUGCUGACAGUUGUUAAUCUAUUUCCAGUGUUGGUGUGUGGUUUCUUUGUGAAAAAUAGCAAGGAGUUUGUGAAAAAAUAGCAAGGAGUAGAGGCUCAAGUGUAGGUUUUUCAUAGAGAGAUGCUGUAGAUUUUGUAGCAUGAAGUAGGUUAGCUCCUCAUCAUGUAGUUAGAUCUCUGUACGUUUGCAUGUGUCCUUUUUAGCCUGCAUUGAAUUGGCAUGUCCCUUUGCCACCGUUAGCUAUGUUCUGUCUUCCUUUCUCAUCUCACCUUUUCGCGGUCCUUUCUGGUGCUUUACAAGGGCAUCAAGUUCUCCUCACAGCUUUCCUGGUUUUUUUGAAGGAAAUUGUUUGGGACGGUGAACUCUGAACUCUCUUACUCUUCCUCUUUCCAUCUCCUCUCUCAUGCAUCAUGUAGGUCUGAAAUCAAUUAGUCAAAUCUUCCUUGCUCUGAAGUUCUUUCUUUGUUCUUGUACACCGUCUUCUCUAUUUUAGCCCCGCCCCCUCUGUUCUCUCUAUAUUUAGCCCCACCCCUAUAUUAGCGAUCGAGUCUGCACCAUAUAGUAUCAGUUUUUAGCCCCACCCCCUCUCUGUUCUCUCUAUAUUUAGCCCCACCCCCUCUCUUAUCUCUCUAUAUUAGCGAUCGAGUCUGCACCAUAUAGUAUCAGUUGAAGUCAGAUCGUUAGGUAAGCUAAAAUGGUCUCGUUGCAGUGUAUCCUAUUAUGACAUCUAUGCCGAAGACUUUGUUGAGUGCUUAUUUGGCACUUGGCUGAAGAUCAUUAAAAGAUGAUGGGAGAUGAUUCUCUCAGAAACGGGGUACUAUUGGUUUUGCGGUUAUGUUUGUUUCAAAUACUUUCAACAGUUUGUGCGAUGUGAGCUUUGUUUUGUGUCUCCCUUGGCAGAAGAAGAAAUGCUAGGUAUCUCAUCAAGUGGAACACCAUUAUCUUCUUUUUACCCCCCCCUGUAUUUUCUAGGUACAUCAGUGUGCUUAGUUUAUUUCAGUGUUACAUGUUCUUAUGUGUGUUCUGGCGGUGCAUGGAUAAAUUUUCUGUGUUUUUUUGGUUGUACAAGUUUGUGCCGUGUGAAUGUUGGGAGUCAUUCGAAUGAGCUUACUUAAGCUGAGUUUAUUUCAGCGUUACUAUCAA